AUGAAGCUCUUCAACCGCUUCCGAAAGCUUCUCAUGAGGUUCAUAUUUUCUCUGCCCUCAAGAAGGUCGUCUUCGGCCACGCAGGGAAUGACUCCGAGGCAUCGAAACUCUGAUAGAUUCGAGCCUCCGAAGACCUCUUGUAGCUCUUACUAUUCCUCUCACUCGCAUUACAACGAGGCCAUAGCCGACUGUAUCGAGUUCUUCAACAAGUCGUCGCAAGAGGCCGGGAUUUUCGAAGGUCGAAACUCCGAUAUUUUGCUUCGUCUGGGGUAA